GAGUCAGUGUACUUGUUACAUCCGCUAUCUAAUCUAAAAAGGAGGACGAUGAAAGAUUUAAAAACGAAAACUACUCACUUCAUAUAGCUUAGUAGGUGCCAUCUUGUUUCCUUUCUCUUUCUCGAUAUCUUUCUACAUACUCUGUUGCUCAGAUGUUCCUAGAAUCGCAACAACAACAUUAAAGGUUCUUGACUUCGUUCACAGUGUCACAACAUUAAAGAGUCCACUUGGUUUCGUACGUUCCUGCGUAGCUCUUGAAAUCGUUGCCUUUUUAGUUCUUAGAAGAACCUCGCUACGACGCAAACUUCUCCAGCCAUAAAGUGGCAGUUUGCCCCUUCUAUUGCCUCGCUUUCCCAACGACGAGAAGAUGUCUCAGCCUACGAUGAAAGCCGCGGGGGCUCGGCACCUGGUGACAGUGAUGGCGAUCAUGCCGCUUUUACAUCUGCUCCUCUCGAUGCUUGGUCUGGCCUUGUGCUUUCCGCCGAUAUUUUUUCCAGAAGCGGCCGCCAAACAGCAAUUAUGAUGGUCGGCUUUUGUUAAUUUAUAACAAUUCUUCUGUGGCUGUGCCCCACGAUUGGGCACACUACUACUACCACUACUACUACUGACUCAGCAUCUUGACACUCCUCGCCUCGCCUCUAUUCCCAUGUUGAAACACAUGGGCAAAGGCAUCAAGAUGCGAGGACCGAGAUGACCCCCAGAACACUCUAAAACAAACGGCGCAGCCGCUGGACACUGAGAACGCGGCUGGCCCCGUCGCUGCGGAAGGUCCCUCUGACGUGGUGGAAGGUCGUGGCAGCAAUUUUACUUUGCAACUGGGUCGCGAGCAGGGGACAACUGAUGCUGGAUUUAUUACCGCGUCUGACCUUGGCCCCCACCCUCUCGCCAUUGUGGAGCAGGAUCAGAGUACUGGCGCUACAGCGCCACGCGCUCGGCGUGCUGGUAAAGCUAAUCUCCGGGGGGGAUUCGUUCUGGAAACUACGACCACCACUUCCUCUACCAGUCCUACCAGCUCUCACGGGCCAGCAGCUGGUGCUAUUCAUUCUUGAGUGUGUAGGGCGUUGCGCCAUUCUUGACUUUAAGUCAUCACUAGGUAGGCGACUUCCCUGCUUUUGUGUCUUAUUGGAAUAAACCUUUAGCCCUAAAUAUAUGCCAGCCGCCCUGAUGCCCCGGAUUUUUUGUUAGAUAGCCUGCUUGUGGCUUGGCGGCUCUUCGUAAUCAUGCAUAUUCGGCAGCAUCUUCGCGACGUUCUCAAGGAGAAAACAGUCGGAGGACUCACUUGCAGAGGGAUUGCGGUGAGCUCUAAGAACAGUAGGUGCGCGCGGCUGAUAAGCUGACUACCGUGCUUGUAGAAAAGAUAGAACUCCUUCAGGGUCUAAGACUGGUGUCGCGCGUCGCUCGUCGUAUCUAUUAGGGAAGUUUGUUUGCGACUCUUGCCUUUUGUUUUCCGCUCGAACGAUCCGUCGCCUCAUUUGUGUGUUCGCCCUCGUCUUAUUCACCCCUAAGGGCUGUUGCGUGAUGCUCUCUGCUUUCGUUGCGCCUCGAGCUCGUUUGACUGUUUCUGCUUCGUCGUUGCUCUUCUGUCUCUGUUGUUUACCUUGUUUCGAGCGUUGGCUUCAUCGUCUCCCGUGGUCUGCGUGCCUUGCCUCGGUUCUUUCUUCCCCCUGUGGUCUCCCUCUUCUUGCCGCCUCUGUUCUCUUUUCGUUUUCUCCUUCUUUGUCCUUUGUAUUGUUGUAUUUGGUCCCUCCUUGUUUGGCCCGUGCCUGCCUUGUGCCUUGCCUUCAUGCUUGGAAAUUUGAACAGCGAGCACUGAGCGUCCUGCGCUUCAUGCUCUCGGACUCCACUCGACUGCGUGGGUGUUGGAGUGGCCUUUUUCGUGUGUUGGUUGUCUCGUUUCUUGUUUGUCUGAUUGGGGUGCGCUUUUCGCCGCGGCCUUUGGCUUUUUUUCCAUCUUCUCGGAGUAACCAAAAUCGGGUGAGUUUGGGCAGCGUGUCGGCAGGUGUUUUGGUCGUGGUCUGUCCAUCUGGUAAGGAAGUGGGUACUAGCGGCGGUGGCGUAUGCAGAAACCGUUCCCAGCAUCCAUGGCUGAGGAGCGAGGAAGCCUUUAGGCGUCUCGGGAUAGGGCCAGCCUUUGGCGGUCCGGUUUUCCCAGGGUGCUAGGAAGUGCAUAGCCUGGGGCCGCGUCCUCGGCUCUGCAUGCACUCAUAGUGGAGGGCGGUGGGGAUGUGGAUGAACGAGAACAAAAAACCCCAUGCGCCCGCCGAUCCCUUCGGGCCAGCCUUGCAGCUGCGCGCGAGUUGAUUUCUCACCUGGUUCUGCUUGAGGACAUGUGGCUGGACACCUACAGGCGCCUGCCUACCUUCAAGGAAAGGGAGAGCAAGGGCCCCGCCCCCGUGCUUGAGCCUAGUGGCCAGGGGAUGUCAGUAGCGUGCGACUGAGGACGAUGAACAUCUGGGAAGGCCAAAAGGACUGGCGCCGCGUGGCCUUUCUUGCAUCUCUUUUGGCUGAGAUUGCAGGAAAUGGCGCCCAUAUUUCUGCAGGGGGAAAGCGGGGCCUGCGCACGCAUGAAACUGAAUCCGCAGAACUGGCGCUUGUUUGAUUGUUUCCGCCUCCUUGAGACGGGCGCGCGCCUGAGGGGUCUUGGCGUUUCUGCAGGCGAGUUUGGGGGGAUGAUGCCCACUUGUCUUCAAGGGGAAGCCAGGUCUGCCACAGCUCGAGCGCAGUGCGGGCGGAUGGUGGGCGCGGAUGGGUGCGGAAUAUGCACCGGGAGAAGGUGGAGGGGGGGUGGCUAGCUUUGUGCUUACUUGUUUUCUUCGUAUCCAUGGGGGGAGGGGGUAGUGGCGAUGGCUGAGGGGGGGAGGGGUCAAAACAAGUAAGGGGUAGCCCGGUGCGGGUUUGGUAUCCGGCCAUCUAUCUUAUUCCCCGCUUGAGUUUGUCGGGGAAACGGGGUUGCCGAAUGGUGCCCACUUUUCCCCGAGCAAAGGGAAAAGCCAGCCCACGCUUUUGCCUUGUGAGUAGGUUCUUUCUGGCCUUGGCAGGCUUAUGCAGUAGAGUAUUCUCAGAGGCCACUCUUGACCCUUCGGGAUUCAUGCCUCCUCUGCCCCUAUGCUUCAGGGCUCAUACCUUGACGGACUUGCAAACUUUUGCACAGCUUUGCCCCCGUAAUUCGGUCGCGGGUGCCCCGCUUUUUCAUCAUUCACGUUCAGAGAUUUAUACCUCAUCCAGGUGACAGUCCGCUGCUAAAUGCCCAGCCCCCAAGAAGUUUCAAAGUUUUGGCUUUAUAGUUUUAGAGCAGCCAAUCAAUUUGACCAGUGCCCCAAGCUUCGAAGUCAGUCUAUCGAUUCGUCUGCGGGGGGUCUUGGAUUGUCAAUGCCAUCAAAGCCCAUGGUUUGGGGCCUUGCUCAUGGCUUGGGGCUCAGGGUCUUUAUCUCAAGUCUAGCAGUUUAUCUUUUCGAAGGCCGCGCCGCGCGCUUUGCUUUUGACAACUUCGAUCGAAAUUCAUCCUCGAAGCCCGACAGUUUGGCCACUUCGUAGACUUACCAAGCUCCGACUUGUAUUUCCUUGCUCUUGUUAGUUUUCAAAGCGGGGCCCAUCGUGUUGUUGUGCUUUGGGUUUCAGGGUGGCUAGUCUUGCUCGGGCUUCAGGGUUCCUGCUUCAGGUUUCGACUCGAGUCGCAUAAGCGUGCUUGCAGCUCAGCUUCCACGAUCAUGCCCUGGGCUUGCUUCAGGGCUCUCUCAUGAUGUUCAUUUCGUAAGCCUCAAAGCCAAUGGCUGGGGCUGAAGAAUGAGCUCACUCCUUCGCUUUUGCAAUUCAGUCCAGUCUUGGGGUAUUUGUUCAAAGUUCAUGCUUUGACAGCUUUCACAGCUCCGGCGGUUCUAUCUCGCUUCUGCUUUCAGCAUAAGACUUGACUAGGGGGAACCGCCUCGAGCCCGUGGGGCUCUUGGUCCGUUUGCUUUUCGUUGCCGAAGGAACUUGUUCGGGCUUUGCAUAGUUCGGCAGUUUUCGGACGUGGUCCGCGCUCUUGUUUUCUGCUUCAUGGCGGGCGCUCCUUGGGAGGACCGACUUUCUCUGGCGUCACUCGGCUGGCUUUGGCUUGGGUUGGCGAGUUCUCUCUCUGCUCGUCUUAGAGUGGGGGGAUGCAAGCUGGGGUAGGCCGUAGCCGCCGCUCGUGAUGAGGGCGCGGGGGGUUGUUGUUUGUGCGGGUUUUCAGUUGUGGGACGCCUAAGGCAGGCGAGCGGCACAGGGGCGGGCGAUGGAGAGAGUCUCGCAUGAAUUUCCGCGAAAAGUUCGGCGGCUGUCUCGGCUCAGUGUGUUGCGUGCGGCUUCAGGGUGCCCUCUGGGUGGGUGCAGUGGUCUGGGGUGUUGUCGGUGCUUCGGGGGUGUCUCGUUGUCUGUGCUGUGCCGUGCGUGUUCGUUUUCGUUUUUUGGCGUGUGUGUGUUCUUGUCUCUUGUUUUGCACCCUGGUAAGCGGCUGCCGCUUGCAUCUGCCUCGGCUUGUGUAGCUUCUGCUGGGGCGGGGCUUACGAGCAUAUGGGGGGCGCUCGCUUCUGGCAAGCUUGUUGGAAGAUUGAUCGGGGAAAAAGUUGGAACCACGAGAAGAAUUCGCAAAGAGUGAAUGCUUGAAGAAAGUUUAAGCUGACCAAGCUCCAACAUUCUCUAAAAUUUUGAAACUUUUUGCAUAAGCUCGCCAGAAGAUACCCAAAGAGCCCAGCUGGCUUCUGCAGAGCAGGCGGCAGCCGCGCCCGCUGGCUUUUUUUGCUCUUGGGUGGUAGAAAGUUGGGCCGCUGCUUUUCGCUUCAGGAAACUGGGCGCGCCAAGCGCCGCCGCCUGCGGAAAGGUCUAAAAGAGCGCAGGCCUCUUCCGUCUUAUUUUUUGCUCUCGUUCGACAUUCUGCAGUCGAUUGAGAGGCGCACUUUUUUGGCCCAGUCCGGGCGUUUUUUGUGCUUCUUUUUCGUUUGUUUGUAGUGUUAUCCCGCGGCCUUCGGGCUGCGCUCUGUUCCAGGCGCGCCCCGAGGGCCGCGGAGUUUGUGUCCAUUUUGUUCGGGAUUCGUUUUAAACGCAUUGCAGCCGAGUUUGAUUCUAGUGCGUUGCGCCAGACAGUGCGGGGAGAUGAGACCCAAGGGGAGCCCUCUGACUGAGCAGCUGACGGCGCCGCGCCCACGCGGUCCAUCGAGUGGCGCACAACCCUGGCCACAGCUGGACGGCGUCAGCGCAUCUGAUGAGUAGCCGGGCUGGGUGAUGCAUAAACACAAGGGGCGCCACCCGGGCAAGGCCUCAAGGUCAGGGGCUGGCUGCGUGGUGUCCAGGGGGGAACCCUCUGCACCUGAAGCGCCAGCAGGUCGCGGCCAGGCGACCGCCCUCCCCAGAUCGGGGAGGUUCCUCUCUCUCUCUCUCUAGUGCGUUGCGCGUCGUUUUUUUUCUUGUUUGAAAUGGAUUCCAAACAAAUGAGAAACGGACUCCGCGGCCCACCCUCAGACCACGCCCAAAACAAGGCGCGGCCAGCCACCUUCCUAAAGGCCGCGGGGCACCACUAGAAAUAGGCGAAAAAGGGGCACAAAAUGCGCCCAGACUGUGCCAAAAAAGCGACGCUCUCAGCUGGCUGCAAAAUCCACAGAAAUGGUAGAAUGGCUCUGCGCUCUGUCUUUCUGGCGUUCUUGCGUCACAUGGUGAAGGUUUUUGGUGCACUUUUUUGAUGCAUGGAGAGACAGAGUCAGUAGCGGCGCUUGUUUUGUAUCAUGAGCAGAAAGGCGCGGCUUCGGCAAUGACAUCUGCGGCAGCCGGUUGAACUUUUUGGGGCUUUUCUGCUGCGCUCGGGCUUGUUGGUAGGAGGGUGGCCACCGUAGCGCCGCCACUGGGGCAGGGGGUGCUUUGCGUAUCUCACAGGCCGGCGCCGGGCGCGGUCGCCCGCGGGUGCUUGCUAGUGACUGAGGUGAGCUUGCAAGGGAGCAAUGAAAAGGGGAGGCACCCAAUGGGCGCCCCCCUUACUUUGAAGCUUUCUCCUUUCUUCGCAUCGAACGAGCGCCGGCCCAUGCGCUGCUCGCUUGCUUGGGGCACCUUUCUCAUGCCUUGUUAAAGCUUGCACAGGCAACAGCCAGCCGCGUGUCCCCUAUGAAGGGCGGCGGGCUACAGUUUGCCAUGGCUUGCGCUCUAUGGCAUGCAAAUACAUAGAACGCGCCGCCACCUCAAGCCAAAGCCGCCGGCUGAAUGGCGCUGGAAAAUGCUUACCCAGGCACAGGGUGAGAAGCAGAAGAAACAAAGGCAAGGGCCAUAAGGUGAAGACUGCCAAAUCGUGAAAAGCUUGAACAGUUUCGGGAAUGAAACGGAAGCGGGCCGCGGGCUUAGGAAGCUAGAGGCGGCCCCCUCUAAUAAGAAAACGCUGGGCGCCUUCUGGGUGUCAGUGUCUAGCGUGAAGCCCAAGAACACCCCGCACCAAAAUGCAAGAGCAAAAUGCGGACCCCUCUCAGAGGCUCUGGCAUUCUGAAGAAGAGCGCAAAGCGGGCCCAAAGUUUGACGCUGAGAGCAAAACAGCCCACAGCCAGACAGGCACGGCCGUGGUGCUUGCUAGGUCUUGAGCCUUAAGAAAGCUGACCAGCCUUCCCUCUGUCUUGUUUGGUUCUUGGGUAAUUAGAUAGACACCGAGGGAGCAAGCCCCUGCCAGCAGUCGUCGCCCUUGUCUUGCGGUAUGGGUCGCGGCGCUCCCUAUGGCCAGGUCAGCGUUUACAUGUGAAACCCCUUCAAGAGUUCUCACCUCUCUCAUCUUAGUUACCGCGCGGCGUCGCGUCGGUUUGAGAUCGGAAUGCAGGAGGCCAGUGAAGGAUAUCGAAAUCGAGCAAAAGGUGGGAAGCGUGUAAAGCUCAAGGGGUUAGAUAGUUUAGUAGCCAGCUGACCUAAGACCCACGAGACAAGGUAGCCCGCUGCGCGUGGGCGCCUUGUCCUUGGGCGGUCUGCUUGCGGAUUCUUGUUGUUGCCCUGCCCCUCCGCCUCACUGGUCAGCCAGGGGCUACGCGUUGCUUUGCCUGCCGUCGUCAUGCUUGGGAUAAGCGUCGCCUUGUACUGGUUCGUAACAAGGCUCGCAGCGGUCGUUGCCUUGCAGUCGUUGCCCUUUUCGAGGGCCGCAUGGCUGUGCUUUGAAACAGAUGGACUCUUGUGGAUUCAUUUGGAGGGGGGUGGUCGUGGGGGUCUUGAAGGAGUUGGCAAAAUAAUCGUAAAAAUGUAGGGCCUAGUGCUGGCUAGGAGGUGAGAAAGCUCAGCUUUUUGAUGAGUUUUGGAGGGGUUUUUAAGGUCAGAAGUCCCGCUUUUGGAGCCUCAAAACCUGAAAGAGAACAAACCAAAGGGAGGCCAAGACGGUGCAACGCAGCAAACGGCCCCAGAAUCUAGCGCAUGCCGGAGAUGGGGGUGAAGUGCCUCCCCUGAGCGCCGCGGCCGCUGUGUCAGCGAUCUGCGUCGUCAGGUCAGUCCCUUCAAGGUCGCAAGCCGACCGGGCUGCCCACGUGAGGGCCAAGAACCGUUCUCGGGUUGCUCGCUUGUCUACGGGCUAAAUUGCCUAGCGGAGGGCAGUUGGCUAAGCUAGCUAGUUUCAACUUCCCUCACCUUGAGGGCCUUGGGCUGGGAUCUUGCUUCUACGACGUCAGGCCACUGGACUCUGGUGCUCGCGUCAUGAGGUAAGUUCACCAAGGGGUGAAAAUUUUUGAAGGGGAUCGAAAUGUAGUUUUUGAGCUGGCCAUACCUUCUGUCUUGCAGGUAUUGCGGCCGCUGGGCUUUCUUGGACUGGGGUGGCCUUUCCUUUGGAGCUGGGUUCUCCAACCCUCACGGCGAGCCAGCUGCCAGACGAAACCCAGAAGGGGCGCGCUGCUGAUGGCGUGCACGGUCGUCAGGAUGUUGCUGGCCUUGGCGGUUUUCUGGAGGUGGGUCGUCGUGGUGAAGGUGAUCCGGAAGGCGGUCUUGCUGGUACUCGUCAUGAAGGUGCCGGCGGCUUGCUAGAAAUGGGUCGCUCUGUUCUGGGAGUGGGGCUUGUCGGCUUUCUAGAAAUGGGUCUUGGUGGCUUGCUAGAAAUGGGUCGCGGUGACCCGCAAGUGGGUCGUGGUGCUCUUUCUCGGUCUGCGGAGAUGGAUGCCCCAGAAGAUUCCGCUGGGCAGCACAAGACGCCUCAGACUUUGAAGGCCCCGGAUGCCGACAAACCCGGCGACGAAGUGGCCCAGGGCAAUGGCCUCCUGCAGAUUGGGGCGGCCCCUGAUACCUGGAACGAAACCAAGGCGGACGCGGUGGGCCACGGCGAUGGGUUUUUUCAGCUGUCUGACUGUGGUUGUGGGUCCUCGGCGGGCUGUGAUUGUGGUGGAGAAGGUGAGGCGGCGCACCCAGGUCGGAUUAAAUGGGUCCACCGACUUGGAGCAGCAGGCGAUAAAAAGCAAAAGGAGGCGCUUAGGCGUCUGUGCACGCACGGCAAAAAUAUGGCCACUCGCGCCCUCUCGACGCUUGGCAACGCGUUUCGGGACGAUGAUUGUGUAACACGCCUGGCAGAGUCCUCGCGCGUGCUGCAGUAUGAGGGAGAUAGCGAGGAUGUGUGGCUGGCCGUUUUCUGGAAGGAGAGAGAGGCGGUGGAGUUUUAUUUACUGCCGAAAGCGUACAGUCGACAAACCAUCUUGGCCGCACGUCGUUACGAAGAAGGAAAACAGCAGCGGGGGCCAACGUGGUCGGACCUUGAGGAGACGUACACAGGACUGGUCGGCGUGGAAAAGGCCAGCAGAUCCAAGUGGGGCCGCUUUGUGCGUACGACAUCGGUGGCGAAGCCCAUCCCGGCUCCCUACAGCCCGCGCGGCCUCGCUUUUCGCUUUCAGCUGGGGCUGACUGUGAAGCAACCGCGCAGCAUGUUGGAGGCCUGCGCAAACCAAGAUAAAGGUAUGGUUGCGAAGAUUCUUGGCACUCUUGGCAGGGCUAGGGCCGCGAUGGUGAAGGAGAACUGCGCCCAGCUUUCUCUGGUCUUGGCGAAGGUCGUCAGAGAGUAUGAGGAAUUUCCAGGAGGUGGACCAAAGGGGGUCUUCCUCCCGGGUGCAAACAUUCGUGAAGGUGGCGCGAAGGCCGUCAAAGAGCUCUUUUACGAAGACGGAGCGGAAGAGGGGGAAGGGGUAAAGGGCAAGGGGCUAGAUGACGCGGAAGCCGUCAGCGAGCAUGGGGAGCCUUCGGAGAUGGAAAUCGCCAUAAUUGGAACCACGGAAAAAAGUGGUCACGCAUGUGCAUACGAGGGCCCCCCCCAGCUCGCUUGCCUCUUUCUCCAGCAUGAAAAGGGCGCGGCCUCGCUAUCGGGGGAUAGCCUCUCGGCUUUCUUGGUACGCGGCUCGUUUCUGCAAGUCAGCAAGUUUGAUCCCUUCUCGCUGCUCAUUAUUGCUGGGGUCGUUGGUCUUAUUGCACUUCUCACUUGGUAUGGUUCGAACGGAGACAAGACGCGCAUCGCCGUAUGUGGCAUAUUUUACAAGUGGAAGAAUCGAAUGCAAAUCACCUUGGAGCGACCUGGUGAGGAGGAAGAGUUCAAUAAAGAUUGGAAGACACUGGCGAAACGUUGUCGGCGGUCACCACCAGCGAAAGGACCCACGCUGGUGCAUGUGCCCCCUAAUGGUUCAGCGUAGGUCUUACCUAGCUGCGUCAGAGUGCCGGUGGCCAGAAGAUAUACAUGAGAAAAAACCCGGGCUGGCUUGAAUGGUGGGGCCCUCUGUAGAUAGAUAAAAUAGCGCGCAGCAGUUUGAAAAGCGCAAUGGCAGUCGCCGCUUGAUUUCUUGUAGAUAAAAGCAAAACUGUGGGGGAGAAUGAGAAAACGUGAGCUACUUACGCUACCAGCCUCGCUCUGUUAUUUGCAUAGAGGUGAGACUAGGGGGCAGACUUUUUGGGAAGGGGCUUGCCUUCUCUGCUUAUGAAUCUUGCCACGCUGCAUGCCCAGCCCCCCUGACUUCGGAGGACUGGCGUAGGCCUUACCUGCUAGUGCAGCCAAUUCUCCUCAGGUCGGUGCAUGCGGGCUGCGGAGACCCCGACCCCCGCGGGGAAAUGGGCUGCACGCUGUUGCCUUUGUUGUUUUGGAGUGGUGCAGGGGAAAAAGGGCGCACGCUUAUGGUUCAAUGUUGGUGGAGGAAGUUCUCCCCUUUUCUAGUAAACAGCCUUGGGCCAGUUAGUGUGCCCCAUUUUGGUCCCUUCGCAUCAUAGAAAAUAUUACGAAUUAGACUGAGGAGGGGCUAGCGGCUCUUGGGGGCCUCUCUCUUGGUGGUUGCUCUAUCGUAGGCACUAGCCGAGGGAGGUGUCGAGCUUUUUUGAGGCCACAAGGAGCGGAGGGGCUCCCGAUGGGGGCGCUUGCUUAUACGAGCGGCGGCCACGUAGUUUAGCUAUUAUGGCGGAAGUUGGCUAAACCUAACAGAGCCAGAAUCUUUUUCAUUUGCAGAAAGCUCGCGCGCGUGGUUCUUGUGUUGGAGGUUAAAUAGGGGGGGCAUCCGCCGGAAGUUGGAGGCUUUUCGUUCUGUAUUUGAGCGAAGGCAACUAGCAGGAGCAUGCGACGCGUUUUCUGCUAUGAGAGUGAAGCGCGCUCAUAGCGCACGAGAAUACUGAGGACAUGUCGAGCCCAUUCCACACCUGAAGACAGUCUUGCUCACUUGUGUUGGCGUCUCUUUGCCGCCAGUGUGUGUGUGUGUGUCGUGAGUAUGUUGCCCCAGUGGCUUAGAAGUUGGUAAGCUAAUCGGGGGAGGGCUUUUUUUCUAGUGUGGUCUUCAGAUCUGUUGCCUCUUAGGGCAUGGGGCUCCUGCCUAAUUAUGCCGACCACAGUCGGGCCAAAACGAUUGCGACUGUCUGCCGCUAUUCUUGACUGAGACGCAAGAGGCUGAGCCCUUGCCGAGGUUGCUUGGACAGAACCUCAGCUGGCACAGCUCCAGGGCAUGCGUUCGGCCUUGCGCUUCUGAAUGAGCGCAAGGCGCUGGCUUCGAGUACAGGCAUGUCAGCAUAGGGGGCCCCUGUGAAGGUGUUGCUCAAAUAUCUCACCAAGAAAAAUGGGGCGCAUCGCUUUGAAUAAGUACCAAGAGCCCAACAUAGUCGCACUUUUUAGCUCCUUGAGAAAAAGUCGUGCCUUUUUCAGCAUCAAGCCAGUCCGCGGAAAAACGCUGGACACUUUCGAGAGCCGACCAAGCAGCUUCAACACAACACGGGGGAGGCUGGUGCCCGACUCAACGAAGAUAAGAAUGGAAAAAAAUGAAAAAUGUUAAUAGAUGAUAUGUCCGAAAACCACACAAAAAAAGGGAUAUUUAUUUGGGAACAGAAUGAAUGGGCACGAAAGUCGUCCAUGAUUAUAAUUUUUUAAAACAGCAGCAGCAGCAGCUGCAGCAAGCUAACAAGGAAAGGCGCGCCGUGUGAAGGAUAAAAGGCUAAGAGUGCUACUAGAAGCAAGAAAAGAGCCGCCCGGUCUCGGUUAUUUGUUUCUUGGUUGUUUGUUUCAUGAAUAAUUAAACAACGGAAGGAGGACCAAGUAAAGGAUUGGGUGCGUGUGUUAAUGUGAAGCCGGUUAUAUAAAAGGGCCGGACGAUUAUUCGCAGACCUCUCCCCCAGCCCAAGCUUCUGCGGCGGCUUCCUUGUUUACCCUUGUUCUGUGUUAGUGCUGUAGUCGUGAGUAUGAUUGUCUUUGAGUG